CUUUGGUUUACGGUUCAUUCUUCUCCUCAAAUUUGUCUUCUGCUCUUGUCACUUGAAUCUUACCGGCUGUAAUUAUUUUAAAUACUAGAAAAAUGAGUAAACAAGGACAAAUGGAUCUAGAACUUAAAAAAGCAUUUGGCGAAUUACAACAAAAGAUGGUUGAGACAUCACAGAAGCUCAAAUUGGCCGAUCUUCAGAUUGAGACCCUCAAAAGAAGUAUGACCCAUGCCCAGCUUACUGACAAAGAAAUAAGCCAGCUCCCUACUGAUACAAAAACUUACGAAAGUGUGGGCCGUAUGUUUGUAUUGAAGGAAGUAACUGAAGCCCGCAUGAACCUUGAUAAUAAAAUCAAAGGCUGUGAAGAAAAGGUUAAAACUCUUGAGGGAACAAAGGCGUACUUGGAGCGAAGCUUGAAGGAGAGUGAGAACAACAUUAGAGAAAUGAUCCAACAAAGAAAAGAUGCAAAUGUGGGAGAUCAAAAUUAAGAUGUAAUGGUUUUUCCCAGUUGGAAAUUUUGUCCUGCUUUUUACUUGUUUGUUUCCAUUGAUUGCAAAAGUAAUAAUAAACUGCUUAAAUGCUUCACCAAG